CAGCAUAGAGUGGUCAGCAGUCAUUGUGGAUGAAGCACAUAGGAUAAAAAAUCCAAAAGCAAGAGUUACACAGGUCAUGAAAUCUUUAAGGUGUAAAAUUCGUAUUGGACUUACAGGAACCAUAUUGCAAAACAACAUGGAGGAGCUGUGGUGUGUUAUGGACUGGGCUGUACCUGGAUGUUUAGGAAGCAGAAAUCAAUUCAAGGAAGAAUUUUCAAAUCCAGUAGAACUUGGACAACGCCACAAUGCCACAAAACGGGAGUUAGCCACUGGGAGAAAGGUCAUGCAGAAGCUGGCAGUUAAAAUGUCUUCAUUUUUCCUGAGACGUACCAAAGCUCUUAUCAGUAACCAGUUACCAAAAAAGGAAGAUCGGGUCUGUAUA